UUACCAAGCACAAGUUGAUAAUGUGCAUGUGAUCAGAUGUACUGGAGCACAAAGUUAUGGUAUGUGAUGUGAAUUAUGUGUAGGCCUUGUUAAAAAGAUACGUCUUUAAUCUGCACUUAAACUGGGAGAGUGUGUAUUGUGUAAUUUUGUAAUAUUGUGUCAGGGAAAACAAAAUAAUAAAAACAAAUAUGAGCAGUAAUGAGGCGCACUUGACAACAAACAACAACGACAACAAAAGUUUAAAGGUGAGACACAGAAAAGCCAGCACUUCAAUGUUGGUGCUUACAAAGUAUAAAAGACAAACAUUGUGAUUUUACAUUCAUUCAUUUAUUUUUCACAUUUUUUUCCUUGGGAUAGUGAUGUAGACAUUUAAUGUAGAUGCAUUUACUUCUUUUCAGUCAAAUGGCGAUACAUAAUGAUCUAGAGGUGGACCUCUCUUCUCCAGAGUCAAACUCAGAAAAGAUUAAUACAAAAGCCAAAACUAAGAAGAGAGGCCAGUGGUCAAGUAAAGCUGAAUUCCUUCUAGCUGUUGCUGGACAAAUCAUUGGCCUAGGGAAUGUGUGGAGGUUUCCUUACUUGUGCUACAAGAAUGGAGGUGGAGUGUUUUUAAUACCAUAUUUCAUAUUCCUGUUUGCUUGUGGCAUUCCACUGUUUGUCCUGGAGGUAUCACUGGGUCAGUACACCAGUCAGGGCAGCAUCACCUGCUGGAGAAAAAUCUGCCCUUUGUUUCAAGGUGUAGGUUAUGGAAACCUUUUGGUCCUGCUAUAUGCCAACAUAUACUACAUUAUCAUUAUGGCCUGGGCUUUCUUCUAUCUAUUUUACUCUUUCAGUUCUGAGCUGCCAUGGGCUAGCUGCAGUAAUUCCUGGAACACUGACACCUGUUUUGAAUUUGAUAAAAAGGAUAAUUUUAGCAACUCAAGUAUACCAGAGAAUGUAACUUCUCCUGUUAAUGAGUUCUGGGAGAGGAGAGUGUUAAAUCUCACAGGUAGUGUGAAUGAGCUGGGCAGUGUGAGAUGGGAGCUGGCUGUGUGUCUUCUUUUGGCUUGGAUCAUCUGCUACUUCUGUGUGUGGAAGGGAGUGAAAUCAACAGGCAAGGUGGUCUAUUUCACUGCAACGUUUCCUUAUGUGAUGUUGCUGGUACUGUUGGUGCGUGGACUCACAUUACCUGGGGCCUCUGAUGGCAUCAAAUUUUACCUUUACCCCGAUUUUACACGUCUCACAGACCCACAGGUGUGGAUGGAUGCUGGAACUCAAAUUUUUUAUUCCUUUGCUCUCUGCAUGGGCUGCCUUGUUGCUCUCGGAAGCUACAACAAGUACAACAACAACUGCUACAAGGACAGUAUCUACCUUUGCCUGUUGAACAGUGGGACCAGUUUGGUUUCUGGCUUUGCCAUUUUCUCUGUGCUGGGCUACAUGGCAUAUGAGCAGGGGUCAGACAUCUCAACAGUGGCAGAGUCAGGUCCGGGGUUGGCCUUUAUUGCAUACCCAAGGGCGGUUGCUAUGAUGCCUGUUCCACAGCUAUGGGCCAUUUUUUUCUUUAUAAUGAUUCUUCUUUUGGGCUUGGACUCUGAGUUUGUGGAUUUGGAGGCAAUAAUGACAAUUAUAACAGACCUGUACCCUUCUUACUUACUAAUUGGUUAUCGGCGUGAACUCACCCUGCUCUUAAUCUGUGUUGGGAGUUUCCUCAUUGGCCUAGUUAUGGUAUCAGAGGGUGGCUUAUACAUUUUUCUGUUGUUUGAUUACUACUGCUGCAGUGGGAUGACAAUUCUGUUAUUUGCCAUUAUGCAGUCAGUGUGUAUAGGGUGGGUGUAUGGUGCUAAUCGCCUAUAUGAUAAUAUCGAAGACAUGAUUGGCUAUCGACCUUUGUUCUUGAUAAAGUACUCUUGGAAAUACAUCACUCCUCUAGUCUGCACUGGUACAUUUGUCUUCUAUCUGGUCAACUUCACACCUCUGAAGUUUAACAAUGUAACUGAAUACCCCUGGUGGGGCUAUGCUAUUGGAUGGUUCUUUACACUAUCUUCAACACUAUUAGUUCCUCUUUGGAUGAUCUAUGCUCUUCUCACUUCCAGUGGCUCUUUAAGAAAGAGAUUACAUGACCUCUGCACCCCAGACGAAACCCUUCCUCUAAACUCAAGCAAAAGAAUAAAUGUUUCAACUUUUAUGACUUUUACAGCUGUAUCACAAGAGCAAGAACAUCCUUGAAACAAAAGCAUGUUGUUACACACUUGAAUUGUUGUUCCAUGCAAAAAAUUUUUUAUCUAAAACAUUACAGUAUUUCUAAUAUCUAUGUGUUCAC